CGUGCGCUGGGCCCGGCCCCGCCCCCUCCCGGCCUGGCCUCGCGAUGGCCGCCGCGGCGGUGGUGCUGGCGGCAGCUCUGGGCGGAGGGCUGUUGCUCAUCGCCCGGCGCUUCUGGCAGGUGGCGGCGGGGGCCGGGGCCGGGAAGGUGAGGCGGGGCAUGGAGGGCAAGACGGUGAUCAUCACGGGCGCCAACAGCGGCAUCGGGCGGGCCACGGCGGCCGAGCUGCUACGGCAACACGCGAGGGUCAUCAUGGCCUGCCGGGACCCGCCGCGCGCCGAGGAGGCCGCCCGGGAGCUGCGCGCGGAGCUGGGCGUGUGCGCGCGGGGCGGGGGAGAGUGCCGCGGGGAGCUGCUCGUCCGCGAGCUGGACCUGGCCUCCCUCCGCUCCGUCCGCAGCUUCUGCCACCAAGUGCUACAGGAAGAGCCUAGGCUGGAUGUCCUGAUCAACAACGCUGGGAUAUUCCAGUGUCCCUACACGAAGACGGAGGAUGGUUUUGAGCUGCAGUUUGCGGUCAACCACUUGGGGCAUUUUUUGCUCACAAACCUGCUCCUUGGACUUCUGAAAAGCUCUGCACCCAGCAGGAUUGUAGUGGUUUCUUCCAAGCUUUAUAAAUAUGGAGAGAUCAACUUUGACGACCUGAACAGUGAGCUAAGUUACAACAAAAGCUUUGCCUACAGUCGGAGCAAACUGGCUAACAUCCUGUUCACCAGGGAGCUGGCCCAUCGUUUAGAGGGCACAGGGGUUACGGUCAAUGUGCUCCAUCCUGGUGUUGUCAGAACAAAUCUGGGCAGAUAUGUGCAUAUCCCUUUACUCGCUAGGCCCCUCUUUAAUUUGGUGUCCUGGGCUUUCUUCAAAUCUCCUCUGGAAGGAGCCCAGACUUCUAUUUAUUUGGCCUCCUCUCCUGAAGUAGAGGGCGUCUCUGGGAAAUAUUUUGGAGAUUGCAAGGAGGAACAACUAUUGCCUAAGGCCAUGGAUGACCUGGUUGCAAGGAAACUGUGGGAUAUCAGUGAAGUGAUGGUGGGGCUAUUAAAGUAAAGGGCCAAGAGAAGCACUCUGUGAAAAUAGAACAAGAAUGCAUAUUUGACAUUUCAGAUUCCUCCAUUUGUUCUCCCCAUCUACUGAGAGGAGGUCCAUCUGAUUCUGUCUCUAAUUAGGAUUCAAGCAGGGUUUUUUUCUGUUUUUAAAGAUUUUUUCUUAGAAAACAAAGAAUCGGUAUUUUAAAAAGUUUUUGUAUAUUUCAAAUUCAACAGACACAGAGCAGUUCUACUGAGAACAACACUGCUUUCUGAGAUGUGUGCUGAGAGUUCGGCACUUUAUAUUUGAAUUAGCUGUGCAUGGUGCUGUAUUUAGAAUAUAUGGCAGCUCUGGGUAUUUUUUAAUUCUGAAAAGAAUACCAAACAUAUAAGAGAGGAACUUCUUGUGACUUGCUUCAGUCUGUCACAUAUAUAUUUCUGCUUUGGUGAAGAUGGCCAGCCAAAAAGCAGUGCAGAAAAUACUGUCAUAAAAUGUUGACACUUGUUUUAUUUGCAUCUCUAGGAUCAGAAUCCAGAACACAACUGAGCAUUUCUAUACGUUUCAGUGAGAUUUAAAGUGUAUUUAACAAUGGACUGAAUAUUCAGUGUUUCUUGCCUUGGCAGAAAAUGUUUCUAUCAGUUAUUGCCUCAUGGCACACACAUGGUUGCAUGUGCACGCAGACAUACACAAAUGCCCAACAAAAGUCCUGUGAAGUUCAUCAGACUGUAGGCUAAGUUGGUUAGGCACCUAUCUUUAUUGUCAAGUUUAUAUAUUAAGAAACAGAGGCAUUUUUUUUCCAGACUGAGCUAUGAGGUGGCACGCAUGCACCUGUUUGACUUGAAACUGUUUAUGCUAUCCACUGUUGUGUGUAGGUUGCACUGGAACCUGUGGAAAUUACUCCCAAUGUAUGUAGGAUUAGGAUGCUGAUGCCAUGGGCCUUCAUGUUGAAUGUGGUAAUAUUAAUGAAAUAUGAAUACAGGGUGUCACAUUAGAUAGAAAACCAGAGUCUUGGUACAAAUGCACUUAAUCACAGAAUGUCAGACACAUACAUAAUUGUGCAGAAACUAUUGUCCAUAUUGCACCUAAGGCUUAUACUUUAGCACUAGAGUAGUUGCAGAGGAAUAUGUGCGCUGUAGAUUAUGGAUGUCAGUGCUAUGAAAUGCUAUAGUGCAUUUGGGAUUCUGAGCAUGUUCUGUGAGCAUAUCUCUAAUUCAGGUACGUCCGCUUAUGUGGUUUCUAGGUCUUCCCAAGUGACAGAAAUCUGUCGGUUGCCAACUGUGUUAAUGUGUUUGCUUAAUAACACUGAUGUGAAUGUUAUAUACAUGCAGUUACACAUGCACACAUACUCUUCAGAAUGUAUGUAAAGUAGUCCUGAAUUACACAAGUUACAGAUUCUUUAUAUAGACCCUCUGCCAUGCAGAGUUGUUAAUAUUUCACUGUGUUCGGUUUUGGCUUUGAAGGCAUAUGCAUGCCUUAUUUUUUUGUUCUCCAUAAAUAAAUAAAGCUAUAUACUAACUAAAUAAAAUAGAUCUCAAAUUUAAA